AUGUGUUACAAUAACUAUCUUUUAUUACUUAUGAUGGUGAUGCUACUAGUUGUAAAUCAACAGUUGGAUCUGAAGGUAUAUGUAUAUGGAAAACUGGAGUCAAAUGUGUUGCUAGAGAUUGUAUUUAAGCAUCAGCCAAUUUAAAUACUAAUUUUCUUUGUGCCAAUUAUUUCUCUUAUUUUUUUUACUACUAGAUCUAGAUGUGUUUCAAAAACUACUAAAUAAUAAAGUUAUGAAGGUUCUAAUAAUUUUUCAUGGCAACCUAUUUGUACCAGUACUUCAAAUUGUAGUGCAUUUACGAAAAAAUCAAUUUGUGUAGCAAAUUAAGCUAGAGUAAGGAUUUUUGAUAAAAAUAAUGAAAAUGGAAAUCAAUUAUUUAUUUUUGUAUAAUUAAAAUUAUAAAUUAAUAUCAUAUCAAAAAAAUUUGAUAGGUUGAAUAAUGCUUGUAAGGAAUUUUCUUGCUCAGAUUUAACAGGUGCUUAUUAUAAUUCUGAUGCUAAUUGUGCAGCAGAACUAUUAAUACAUUAGUAAUAGAUUUGA